GUGCUGUGAGUCUAUUGAAGCAUCCUCAUUGCAAUAUCCCCCUAGCACUCACUAUUGUCUGCUUUGACUCAAUCGAUGAGCCGGCAGGCUAUCUGCGUAUUUCUGAUUAUUGUCAUGCUGUGGGAACGUUCAAGACAAGUUCACCUGGCGGUGCAGCUGUGCGUCAUGUUCAAGGGAAGUAGGAUCGUCGAUUUCAAUCGUACGAAAAUCAGACGAGCAUGGAGGAGCGCGGCUUGGUUGAUGGUUACUUGUCUUUCCACGGUACGAAGGUGUUUGGUUCUACCAUUGAUCGUGCUCAUUUCUAUAAUACAUCCCCAUAUACGAAAUUGUACAUAAAGUGUCAUCAGUCAGAUAGUAUGAGACCAAACCUUACCCAUUAGCCUGUAAGAUGACAUUCUACUUCGCGUCCGUCCAUGCUGGUACC